ACGCAGACUGGAUGAGGAACGCAAAAGUUAAUUGUUUACUUGACGAUAGCUGGCAGUGACAAGCCGUAGAAUCGUCGGCCAUAUUGUACAGAGCCAGUGAGCCUCCCACCUGCUGAUAUCACGAUGAUUGCGGCGGUCAGCGUGGCGGUACUCGGCUCCCUCCUCUCUUCCCUCGCGGGCGCCUCCUUUGUGAAUCCUGCUGCCGGAGGAGCCCCCGUGGAUUUCUCCGAUGCCUUCCUGCGGGAGAUGGUGGCCAAGAUGGGCAGCGGAAUGGCUGACCCCGCCAAGGACUACCUGGACGUGCCUUCCCAAGGCCUGCGAUCACUGGCAGAGGGCAUUUCCCCCAGAGCAAUGAAAGACAUGCCAGACAUAUCCCUUCCCCUGGAUUAUGACGCCCUGGAACACAGCCCCUCCAUCCGGGACCAAGAAUAUCUAUCCCACUCCUCUUUACUCGGCAGCAUUCUUGGUAACUAUGAAGAGAAACUGAAACAACGACCUACCCAGAAUGGAGUGAAGAGCACAAGUGGAAGCAGCAGCGGCAGCACCUCCAGCACCAGCAGCGGGAGCAGCAGCAGCAGUGACGGUGUCCUUCCUGCUUACUGCAACCCACCGAACCCCUGCCCCCUCGGCUACACAGCCAGCGACGGGUGCCUGGAGGAUUUUGAGAACACAGCCGCCUUCUCCCGAGACUACCAGGCUGUGCAGGACUGUAUGUGCGACACGGAGCACAUGUUCGAAUGCACAGACUCCACGCAGGACUCCGAGAUCACCGCCCUGGCGCGAUCUAUACAGAACGAGGGCGUCCUGGACUCCACGUUGGACACCAUCAUGAACGACCUGACUGAUGAGAACCGCCACCUUGUCGCCAAGAAAUUCCACCAAAAGAAGAGCGUCAACCCUUACCUGUUGGGAGAGAAGCUUCCCAUCGCCGCCAAGAAGGGAGGUGUGCUGUAAGACCGAGCUCCCCCCAGGCGGACAGGUACAAGACUUCACUUCACAUAGUCGACAAUGAUGUCACUGAACUAACACUUUGCCAGGUUCCUGCUUCAGUAACGCUCUUGCCUCUCAUCCUGACUUGGAGGUGCCGCCCCCAGCCCCGCCCCUCGCGCCGCCUAGCACCCAGCAGGCCUCGGGUCACACUCUCUGUCACUACACACCUGGCCAAUAAGCAAGGGCCAAAUGUUCAGCUCUCCGCGAUAGCAUCUUCAUGUACUGUCAAGAUUACAAUUUGUAUGGGAGAAUGUAAUCAAGACGACGAUGGCUCAUUCUGGUAUAUGUAGUACACUGCAUACAUAUAUACACCCACGCACAUACAAACUGUUACUGUUGCUACCACUACUACCACUACUAUUACUACUACUACUACUACUACUACUACUUCUACUACUACUACUACUACUACUACUACUACUACUACUACUACUACUACUACUACUACUACUACUACUACUACUACUACUACUACUACUACUACUACUACUACUACUACUACAGUCGCUACUAGUAUUACUUAUACUACUACCACACCUUCCAGUGUUGUCUAGUGAGGAGGUGUGAUAAGCAUCGCCACGAACACUGGUGAGGGCAGCGAGCGUUGCUGACAGGAGAGGGACCACGGCGUUUCCCACGUUGUGGUCCCCUACACAAUAACAGAAUAAAAUAUAAUAAAAAAUACUUAUAACUUAAAUAAGUAAAAAAAAAAAAAAAAAAAAAAAA